UUCAUAUUCCAGCUCGCAUACACACAACAAAUCACCUUAACCUUUGAAAUGUCUUUCUUGGUUGGUCUUUUGGUCUUUCUUCCACACAACGUCGUAAACCCGCUUCACUCCUGUCUCUCUCUUUCUCUCUCUCUCUCUCUCUUCCCCUACGCGGGUUUGUUUCUCUCGUGAAUAUCUUAAACUUUCAUACCUCUGCUUCUUCUCCAUCGUUCCCAUUCAGUAUAUUUCUUUCACUUCACGGAACCUAACUUUUAUUUCCCUUUUCAUCUCUCUUCGUUCCUUAUCACAAUUCACCGCCUCAAUAUAUAAUCAAGGUCCCAUUUUUUCAUCUGGGCCAUCACCUUAAUUCUCUCUUCCUCUUCUUCUCAUCAUUUUUCCUUCUCUUUGAUUUGAUGGUGAGAAGAUGAAGUGUUUCUUCUUCAAAGACAAGUGUAAAUCCGCCCCCGAAUUGCAUAAGAAGAAAAACCCCGCCGUGAACCGCGCCGCGAACUCCACCGGCUCCCUAUCGUCGCCCAAGAGCGUGAAGGACUUGUACAGAGAGAAAGAGCACAGCUUCAGAGUUUUCAAUUUUCAGGAGCUCAGAGAUGCCACCCAAGGUUUCAAUAGGACGCUCAAGCUUGGAGAAGGGGGGUUCGGGAGUGUGUAUAAAGGAUCCAUCAGACCCUCCGAUGGCCAGGGUGAUCCAUUUCCAGUAGCUAUCAAAAGGCUCAACACGCGUGGCUUCCAGGGUCAUAAAGAAUGGCUUGCUGAAGUUCAAUUUCUUGGCAUUGUUAAUCACCCAAAUUUGGUUAAGCUUUUGGGAUACUGCUCCAUGGACGGAGAAAGAGGAAUCCAACGGCUGCUGGUGUACGAGUUCAUGCCCAACGGGAGCUUGGAGGAUCACCUCUUCAAUAAAAGUUUACCACCUCUCCCUUGGAAAACAAGAUUGGAGAUUAUGCUUGGUGCCGCCCAAGGAUUAGCUUAUCUCCAUGAAGGACUGGAAAUUCAGGUGAUCUACAGAGACUUCAAAUCUUCAAAUGUUCUAUUGGAUGCGGAUUUCCAUCCAAAGCUCUCAGAUUUUGGUCUUGCUAGAGAAGGACCACAAGGCGAUCAGACUCAUGUAUCCACUGCGGUGGUUGGGACACAGGGGUAUGCUGCACCAGAGUACAUUGAAACGGGUCAUCUGAAAGUUCAGAGCGACAUGUGGAGUUUUGGUGUAGUGCUGUAUGAGAUCCUCACAGGAAGAAGAUCAUUGGAAAGAAACCGUCCCACUGCAGAACAAAAGCUUCUAGAUUGGGUGAAACAGUAUCCUGCUGACACCAGCAGGUUCGUGGUGAUAAUGGAUCCUCGUCUCAGGAACCAGUAUUCUCCCCAAGCAGCUCGCAAAAUAGCCAAGUUGGCUGAUAGCUGCUUAAAGAAGAAUCCAGAAGAUAGACCAUCCAUGAGUCAGAUAGUGGAAGCCUUGAAGCAAGCCUUGCAACAUUCUGAAAUUCCAAACUCUUCUCAAGACAUUGCUGAAUCCUCCUCAUCCCGGUCUAAACUGGUCAGAAAAAGUAAACAGUGAGUUUUGUUUUUUUGGUAGGAUCAAGAACUUGUGGGAAACUCGGUACUUUAACCAUCUCUUCUUAUUUACCAUCAUCCACUUGUUCUCGUCAAUUGGAAGUCAAUUUUUGGUAUUUUUCGUUACUGGUUCGUUUGGCCCAGUUCAAACAAAACCAAGUCCUUUCUUCCUUUUGUAAGCUAUUAGCUAUAAAUACACUUUUUUUUAGGUGAGAUUGUAGAAAAUUUUCAAUUAAUAAAAUCAUUCUUUACUUCACAAAGAAAAA